UUCGUUCAGAAUUCCAGAUCUUACGACGGCAACAAGGCUGCCACGUCCAUCGUGUUACAAUGGGCAACAGAGUGCGUUUUUUUUCCCUAUCUGAAGUUCAGCAGAAUUUCUGUGAUCGAUGCUGUAAGUGAUGCAUUCAGAACUGAAGAAAAAUCCUUUGUCAUCGGUAUUGCACUGACACCCUCAACUCCACCGUGUUCAAAAAGAGAGAGAAGAAAAGCCAGAGUGGAACGGUGAGAUUUAUGUGAUUCAUCUGAACGAUCUGUUUGGCCUCGUGUAACAAGUUACUGCUGCUACGCCUGUGUUAAUUGUCGAUUUAUUGUUUCUGAUGUCAUGGACACAGCCCCACAGGACACUACCAGUUCAGUUCUGGUACUCAGCUGCUGCUAGUGCUAGUUGCAGCAGCUGUGGCUGGUGCUGCUACAUCCAAGUAUCCAAUUCCAACCAACAACCGCUGCUUGGAUAAAUUGGCCCCAUCAGCUUGAUCAGGUCUGAGCAAAGAGCUUGCUGCUGAUAAGAAAAUGUCAGUGAUUCUGUUGAUACAAUAUCACUCUGAGAGGCUUGCCGCUUGCUGCCACCAAAGGUCAUCAGGUCAGAGUCCGACCACGGGUCCACGGCCGUCCCACCUCCACGGGAGCAUCGGAUAAGGUCAUAGGCAUGAGCGGCAGCGAUGCCGCGGCCUCCGCGCAGGCGGACGCCGCCGCCAUCUGCGCCCAGGUCGCCGCCGUCUUCUCCGCGCCCUCGGCGCACCCUCCAGCACGGUCCGUCCUUGUCUCCGAGCUCGCGGCCGCCGCGGCCCGGGGCGGGCGCGUGUUCGUGCACGGCGUCGGGCGGGAGGGGCUCAUGAUGCGCGCCCUCUGCAUGCGCCUCGCGCACCUGGGGCUCCCCGCGCACUGCGUCGGCGACGUCACGGCGCCACCUGCCGGCGGGGGCGACCUCCUCGUGGCCUCCGCGGGGCCCGGCGCGUUCUCCACCGUCGACGCCAUCUGCGGCGUGGCGCGCGGCGCCGGCGCCCGCGUCCUGCUGCUCACGGCCCGCCCCGUGGGGGAAUUCCCGCGGCGCCAGGCGGACGUCGUGGCGCACCUCCCCGCGCAGACCAUGGCCGACGACGAGGAGGAGGCGGAAGCGGAGGCGGAGAGCGCGCCGUCGCGGGCGAAGCUGCCGAUGGGGAGCCUGUACGAGGGAGCCAUGUUGGUGCUGUUCGAGAUGGUGGUGCUGGAGCUCGCGCGCGUCUUGGGCCAGAGCCCGGCCCAGAUGAGGGCCCGCCACACGAACUUGGAGUAGAAUGGUGUCCACUGUUCAGCCCAUCUCUGUCAUCUACUGUGCAGUGACGAUGCUAAAAAAAAACUACUGUGCAGUGAUGAACUGACCGAUGUUCAUCAUCGUGUUGGUGGCUGAAACACAACAGUUACGGGUGACUACCGAAUGAUAGGUUACAAUACUGGCACAGUGGUUGAGACGUUCGUUAGCAUUCACAAAAGAUACACCAUCGUUCUGAGUGCUGAUUUUCAGUUCGUCUAAUAAGUGGAGCAUCUAAAAACCCCUAAACGCAUCGCUCUUUUCCUGUUUGCGGGACUGGCUUGGGACCUGUGGAUCAACAGGAAUAAGAUGGCAAUUGAGC